AUGGAAAAAGUAAAUAUUCCAACAUCUCCAUCUCGAGGUAUGCUUACUAUAUGUCCAACACCAAUCGGAAACUUAGACGAUAUAGCAAUUCGCCAAUACCAAGCCAUAAAAGCAGCUGAUAUAAUUGCAUCAGAGGACAACAAUCUUGCAUCUCAUUUAGUUCAAUCAUUAUUGCAAUAUGACUUUUCAUCAAUCAAAAAUACAGAGUUCCCACCACAAGACAUAUCAAAUUUGCCAAAUGCUGAUGAUUCCGCGAGUGAUGCUCAUAAGGAUUGGAGCGCAGUAAGUAUGGUUAGGAAAUUUAAAGCGGAGUCUGGAAGAGCUUUAUUAGUGAGCUUAAAAGCAACGAAUGCUUAUUCAAAUCCACAGCUUAAGCUGAUAAGGGCAAUGAAAUCAGGGGUUAAAGUAGUUUUGCUGGCACCAUCAGGGUCACUGCUGACUGGAGCAAGCUUAAAGCUAGUUUCAGAUUCAAUAAAAGAAGGAGUCAGCUUAGAAGCACUUCCUGGGCCUGCAGCAGCUAUAGUCGCUGUUUGCUCGUCUGGAUUUCCUGCUGAUAAUUUUUGGUUUGUUGAUUAUCUUCCUGAUCUAUUAUUUGAAAGAAAUCUGAGGCUUGAAACUCUAAAAAAAAGCGAAAGUACUGUAGUCUUUUAUGAAAAAGCUGAUAAAAUAGUCAAAACUGUCGAGCAAAUCAAUAAAAUCUAUGGAAUAAAUCGUUUCAUGGUUAUUGGGCAAAAUCUUACAAGAGAAAAUGAAAAGGUUUUUAGAGGGACAGGAGUUAAAUUGCUGCAAGAAUUAAAGGAAUACACAAGCCAAAGCGAAAAUAAAAGUGACUUUGUGGUGGUUAUAUCUCCGUUUAUAAGCAAAGCAGAGAAAGAAGUUUUUGAAGUAAAAUUGACACACAUUAUCAGCACAUUAAGGAGCAAGUUAAGUAUAACUGAAAAGAAUCUAGCAUUUUUGGUUGAAAAGAUGACAGGUGUAUCAAGAGUGCGUGCAUUGAAGAUUCUUAAUAAGCUUGAAAAAUAA